ACUAGUUGCCGGUAAUAGGUUCGUAGAAGAAGCGUAAUCUUUGUAACAUCGAUAAGAGGAGAGAUGGGAUACGGCGGCGGUGGCGGCGGCAACUCCCCCGAAGCAGCAACUUGCUCCUCCUCGUCGUUAGCUCGUCGUUGUCCAAUAUAUAAGUAAACCGUCGUCGAUUGCCAGUACAGUACAGUCUACGUUUUCCCGUCUUUCUCUCCUUCAUACGGAUUUACUUGCUUUCACGUUGUGUGAAACGCGUUCGCUCGAUUACCGAAAUCCUUACUUUCCUUCCUUUUACUUUUUUUUUUUUUCAAUUUUUUCCUUGAAGAUUAUUCAUUCGUACUUAUACGUUCGAAGUAUUCGCGAAAGCGCCGAUUCUAAAACUAAACAUGAGUGUCCUUCGACCUAUCCUCAACAACCCUUAUCAUUUUUCUAUUUAUUUCCACAUGUUUAUUAUAAUUUUUUCAACGAUAAUUUUCAACGUACAACCAGGUCUCUCGAUCAAACCAGAAACGGUCCUUUCGAAUAUUUUACUGAGACCGUUUGAACCUACUAAAUGGAGUACGAAAGAAUGUCAACGGGAUAGCGCCAUCUACUUGGAGGAACUCUCGCGUUAUACACCAUGGGCUUUGAAAAUGUACGACGCUUCGGUAAAAAUACCGACCGGUAUUAUCACUGGGAAUUACAAACAAUUGGGCAAUUACAACGAAUGUCUUCAGGUUAAAAGUGAUCAAGGAAUUUCUGGCCAAUCCUGUAGCGCUACAAUACAAUUUGAAGUAGCAGAAGAUAAUAGUACAUCUAAAGAAUUAGAUUUUGCUGAUUUGCUCGUAAACGUCGCUACGGCAUCCAACGCAACGAAAUGGCGUUCGGGCAAUACAAUCGCUUACGAAUGGAUGUUGUGCGUACCGUCGAGUUGCAAUCAUUCGGAAGUUCAAGAAUUUUUGGAUAUUCAUUUGGAUCCUUUAAAGGUCGAGGGUCGGCUAGAUUUUGUAAUAAACGUUCCAAUAACGUCCUGUCAUACUUUGGAAACCGAACGAACAACGUUCAAUCUAUCUGAUUGGAUUUACAUAUCGAUUCUUCUUAUCUUCUCGUUGAUAAUUAUCGUUAGUACGGCUUUCGAUAUCUCACGUAAAGGACAUUUGAGUUCAUCGAACCGAAAAGGUAAAAAAUAUAUUUUAUUAAACAGCUUUUCCAUUUAUACAAAUUGCAAGAAUCUUUUCAAUACCGACAGACCUCAAGGUUGUAUCCCUUGUUUGGACGGAUUACGAUUUCUAAGUAUUUGCUGGAUUAUUUAUGGACAUACUUAUUAUAUUGAAGUUAUGGGUAUUAAUAUGGAUUUGACGCAAGUACCAAAAAUGCACGAAAACUGGAGUAAGAUGUUGGUGCUAAAUGGAAAUAUGGUCACGGAUACUUUCUUUUUACUCAGUGGUGUUCUCCUAGCUUACACCGAGGUAAUAAAAAAGGAAAAAAGUACUGAGUGGAAGUUUGACGUUGUAGGUCUUUAUCUUCACCGUUAUGCAAGAUUAACGCCAGCAUACGCAAUGAUGAUUGGUUUUUAUGCAACUAUAUACUACAAAUUUGGAAGUGGUCCUCAUUGGGAUACCUGGGUUGGUUCAAAUCAAAAUUAUUGUCGUGACAAUUGGUGGACCAAUCUUCUUUACGUUAACAAUUACGUCAACGUAGCCGACAUGUGCAUGUCCCAAUCAUGGUAUUUGGCAGUGGAUAUGCAAUUGAUUUGGUUGUCACCAAUUUUUCUUUACCCGAUGCUCAAACCAAUGAGAAGAAUAUUUUUCUGGAUAAUAAUCGGUGCAGCCUUCGUAUUAUCGAUACUUUUACCCUUCGCCAUGACAUUUUUUAAUCGAUUUACCGCAACUAUGUUAUAUUACAAGGAACAAAGUGAUGUAGCUAAUGUUUUUUUAUACAUCUACACGAGAGUAUACACCAGAGCAGGACCUUACAUCGUUGGUUUAGCACUUGGUUAUUUAUUGGCUAAAAGAAAGUUUGAUGGUAUCAAGUUAAGAAAGCUUUACGUAGUCAUUGGAUGGUUGGUCGCCAUUGUAGUAGCAAUCUCAGCAGUUUUUGGUGCACGAGAAAUGUAUUUCGAUGAUCAUCCAUACAAUAGAUUAGAGGCCAGUUUUUACGCAGGGAUGCACAGACAUGCAUUUGCAUUGGUCGUUUCUUGGAUUAUUUUCUGUUGCGUUUAUGGAUAUGCAGGGCUAGUUGGAGAAUUACUUUCUUGGCGAGGCUGGGCACCUCUAAGCAGAUUAACUUACAGCGCUUACCUUUGUCAUUACGUCUUUAUAUUAUCCCGAGCCGGAAGUGUGCGCACCACCGGCAAUUUAACGUCAAUGAGCGUGAUGUACACUUUCUUCGGUAAUUUAUCAUUUACAAUGGCUUUGUCAUUACUGUGGAGUUUAUCUUUUGAAAUUCCUUUCAUAAUACUGGAUCGAACGUUUUUAUCCCGCAAGAAGAAAAAAACUUGCACUUCAAAACACGAUCAAGUUAAUAAGGAAAGAUAUCAUUCUUCCAUGGACUUUAGAGAGGAAGUUUAUAAAACUUCAAAACACGAUCAAGUUAAUAAGGAAGGAUAUUAUUCUUCAAUGGACUCGAGAGAGGAAGCUUAUAAAACUUCAAAACACGAUCAAGUUAAUAAGGAAGAAUAUUAUUCUUCAAUGGACUCGAGAGAGGAAGUUUAUAAAACUGCAAAACACGAUCAAGUUAAUAAGGAAGGAUAUUAUUCUUCAAUGGACUCGAGAGAGGAAGUUUAUAGAACAAUUGAUGAUCCAUCAUGGUCGAGAGCACAAAUUACGAGCACUGAAAAUGCAAUUGAAAUUGCUGCUACAUCAGCAAAUGAUUAUAUUAACAAUAAAAAACAAAAAAACAAAAGUCUUACCUUGCCUGAAGGAAAGACUGAAAAUGAUAAUUGCACAAAUGAUAAUUGCGUUUACAUUAUUAAUGCAUUCGAGGUGGACAAAAAUAGAAACUCGUAUGUUAAAUCAGAUUUGGAAGAGAUACGAACAUUAACUGAACGAAAAUGAUCUCUUCCUUUGUAGAAUAUUAUUAUGUUUGUUUUUAUUUUUAAACGAUAAAUAAAAACGAUAAUUAUACAAAUUUUGUAAUAACCAAGGAAUGGCCAAUGAAUUUGAAGAGGACGACAAGUUUUUAGGCUUGACCUUUGAUUCUGUUACUUUCCACCAAAUAUUUCUCAUGCAGAUUAGAAAGUAACUAAGGCCGAGUAACACUCGUUUGGAUCUACCUAUCAUCAGCGUUUAAAAACUAGCUAACUAUAUAUACAUGUAAUAACAUGUGCUAACUAUAUAUGCAAAAAAUUGGACCCCUAAACUGACUGGACUGGGACUCGAACCACAGAUUUUUCGCUUUCCGGGCGACUGCUCUUUUAACCAAUUAAACGAGAAUAGGAAAAACUAUACAGGGUGAAUCUUGUAACUGGGACGGGUAAUAACUUUGUUUUAAGUAACAAUAGAAAAAAAUCAUAAAGGAAAAAGUUAUAUGGCACAACAAAUGUCAAC